CCAUAUACAAAUUGCUGUUCGUGUGCCUUGUAAACAAGCGAUACAGUAAAGUGAGAAGUGUCGGAUCGAUGCAGAAAAAUCCGACAUUAAUUUCCUCCUCGUCAUAAUCCGAUACCCAACCGUGUGCUCUAUUAAUGCACCACCCUCUUCUUCUUCACCACAAAUACUCAACUUUACAUCCUUUUUUCACGCAGAAACGCAUAGUAUUCUGUGUGUGAAACCAUGAACUCCACAGACAUCUUUCUCUAUUUACUAUUAUCUUUUUCUUUUCUCGUGUUAGUUCUCCAUCUCCUCCGCACCACCAACCGCCGGAAACUCCAUCUGCCACCGGGAAACCUUGGCCUCCCUUUUCUCGGCGAGACCCUUCAGCUUAUCUCUGCCUACAAGACAGAAAACCCAGAGCCCUUCAUUGACGAUAGGGUCUCCAAAUAUGGCACCGUUUUCACAACACAUGUAUUCGGAGAACCAACUGUUUUCUCCGCAGACCCGGAUAUCAACCGGUUCAUUUUGCAGAACGAGGGCCGGCUUUUUGAGUCGAGUUACCCUGGUUCAAUAUCCAACUUACUAGGAAGGCAUUCAUUGCUUCUGAUGAGAGGGAAUUUGCAUAAAAGAAUGCAUUCGCUCACUAUGAGCUUUGCGAAUUCUUCAAUUAUUAGAGACCAUUUGUUAGUGGAUAUAGACCGGCUUGUCCGGUUGAACAUGGAGGGCUGGACCGGUCGGGUGCUACUCAUGGAGGAGGCGAAGAAGAUCACUUUUCAGCUGACAGUGAAGCAACUGAUGAGUUUCGAUCCCUGCGAAUGGACUGAGAAUCUGAUGAAAGAAUAUAUGCUGGUCAUUGAAGGAUUUUUCACUGUUCCUUUACCAAUAUUUUCAACCACGUAUCGGAGAGCCAUCCAAGCUAGAGGAAAGGUGGCGGAGGCGUUGGGAUUGGUGGUGAGGGCGAGGAGGAGGGAGAGAAAAAAUGACAUGUUAGCGGCGUUGCUAGACGAAGAAGGAGGAUUGUCCGACGAGGAAAUAGUUGAUUUUAUGGUGGCUUUGUUGGUGGCGGGUUAUGAGACAACUUCUACAAUAAUGACACUCGCCGUUAAAUUCCUCACCGAGACACCCCCUGCCUUGGCUCAACUGAAGGAUGAGCAUGAUGAGAUCCUUGCGAAGAAAGGUGAAGUAGAGACUCUUCAAUGGGACGAUUACAAAUCUAUGAAUUUCACCCAAUGUGUAGUGAAUGAAACUCUGCGUGUAGCUAACAUAAUUAGUGGAGUAUUUCGAAGAGCGAUGAGGGAUGUCAGUAUCAAAGGUUAUACAAUUCCAAAGGGAUGGAAAGUUUUUGCUUCUCUUCGAGCUGUACACAUGGAUCACGACCACUUCAAAGAUGCUCGCACUUUUAAUCCAUGGAGGUGGCAGGCCAAUUCAGGAAGUAACAGCUGCAACACAGUAAAUGUAUUCACACCGUUUGGUGGAGGGCCAAGGCGUUGUCCUGGCGCCGAGCUUGCUCGGGUCGAGCUUUCAGUGUUCCUUCACCACUUGGUCACUCAAUUCAGUUGGGUACCGGCAGAACAAGACAAGCUAGUUUUCUUUCCAACGACACGGACUCAAAAACGUUAUCCAAUAAUAGUUCAGCGUCGAAGUGAGUUCAAAUGCUCAUCAACUUUGUAAAGAAUGAAAGAUGAAUUUGGAUAUGCAAAAGAAUGAAUUGCUGCCAAUGAAGAUAAUGUAGGAAGCAAAUUUUAGUUGACGCCAAAUUGUAUGUAGUGAAUCCCAAUAAAAACAUGCUAUUUAUAGUUUAGCAUAUUAUAUAUUUACACACAUAAAUGAAUCUUUUUCAAGCGCAUUUCUUGGCUAGAAAUUUAUCUACAUUUAUAAACCUUGAAGGGAUUUGAUUUAUAUUUAAAUGAACAUACAUAAAAUUUAUGAUA